AUUUGCAUAACAUUUGCCGACUUUUUCAAAUGGAGUAGUUGGACAAUUUAUAUACACAAUAAUUCAAUUUAUUCAAUGCAUGUUCAAUGUGUUGUGUUACACGAACCGGUUGAUUGAAUAAUAAGCAAAUAACCUUGAAUUAUUACCCAAUUUGUUAUAGUGUUGAGUUGUGUUGAUACACCCAAGUCUUUUAUCUAAUCAAGCUUGUUUUCAUUUUAGUAUUUGAUCUCAGCUGAAGUCAGUCAGAGUUCAGUCGACCGGCAGGUUAGGUUGUUUCACGUUCCAGAAUUUGAGCACUUCACAAUAUUUUUUUGUAUUACAAUGGCGUACAUAGUAGAUAUGCGUUCCGAUACCGUAACAAAGCCGACGAAGGCGAUGAAACAUGCUAUGGUGAACUCUGCAUUAGGAGACGAUGUAUUUGGAGAGGACCCGACAGUAAAUGCCUUAGAAAGUAAGAUUGCGGCCUUGAUGGGGAAGCCGGCAGCGUUGUUUGUGCCUUCUGGUACCAUGUCCAAUUUGAUUGCAAUCAUGGUGCACUGCAACAAGAGAGGUUCAGAGGUCAUUGUUGGAGACAAAGCACACAUUUACAAAUAUGAACAAGGCGGCGCAGCGCACCUCGGCGGCUGCUUAUUAUCCACAAUGGAGAACAAACCCGACGGCACCUUUGACCUGGAGAAGAUGGAAAACCGCAUACGAGGCUCCGACGUACACGAGCCAGUCACAUCGUUAGUCUGCAUUGAGAAUACCCAUAACGUUUGCGGUGGGAAGGUCCUGCCGAUGAAAUGGCUCGAUGAGUUGUCUGCCAUCUGCAAGAAACAUUCCUUACCUUUGCAUAUAGACGGAGCGCGUAUCUUCAACGCGGCAGCAUACCUGAACGUCCCAGUAAAAGAAGUGGUCAAGCACUGCGACAGCGUAUCCGUGUGUUUUAGCAAAGGCUUAAGCUGUCCCGUCGGCUCCGCGCUUAUAGGCUCCGUACAUUUCAUUGAACAGGCCCGACGCGUCCGCAAAAUGCUAGGCGGCGGAAUGCGACAAGCCGGGGUGUUAGCGGCGUGCGCGCUCACGGCGCUCGACGAAAUCGUUCCGCAGCUGGCGUUGGACCACAAACGGGCGAAUAGAAUGGCUCAAGUAAUCGAAGGCAUGUUCCUCAAAUGCUUCACAAUAGACGUCCAAAACCAGCACACCAACAUAGUCCUGGUGAAACUCACCCCCAAAUGUCCCGUCGACGCGGGGAGGGUCGUGCAGAGACUAGCUCAAGUUUCACUGCAGGAGACUCAGGGAGACUGCAAAACCGCAAACGACGAAGGCGUAAUCCUCAAAAGCAUAAUCUUCGACGACCAAACCAUCCGCUUUACACUACACAACGGCAUCACAGAUGAGGACCUGUGGCUAGCCAUUAUGAAGAUCACCUACGUGUUUAAAGAAAUUGAGACAGAGGCGGGAAAAGCUACUAAAAUAUAGAAUUUAAGCCUUGAUAUCAUAUGAAAACAAGAGUCCUUCGAAUUUUAUCGUCAGAUUUUUUUUACCUUUACCGAAUUUCGGCCACCAAACCAUCCGCAUUACACUACACAACGGCAUCACAAAUGAGGACUUGUGGCUAGCUAUUAUGAAGAUCACCUAUACGUGUUCAAGGACAUUAAACACCAUAAUAAAGCAACGGUGUUCAAAACCAUAUCCAUUUACCAUAACUUCUCUUUCUCUCACUCUAACUUCGACGACCAAACAAUCCGCCAUAGUGUAAGUGCGUUUUCACAUUAUCCGAUCCGAUAAAGGAUGUAGGACCAAUAUCCCAUACAUUUAGGCCGCCAUCUUUGAUUUUUGCCUUUGACAUCCUUCCGACAUCCGAUCGGAUAAUGUGAAAACGCACUGCCUAAGUGGACGCUCUGUGUGGAGCGGGCAUAGAGGAAGGGAAGAGUUGUAACUCCAUGCAUCAGUAUAGUGACAUCUAGCGACAAUCACUCGUCAACUAGCGUAAAUUAUCAGUACUGCUACUUGUCAAUAGAUGUCGCGACGAACGAAGAUUCUAAUGCUCACCAAUUUUUAGCUAAUAUUACAAUAGUAAAAAUCAGUAUUCUGUUUUCAAUUCCUUCUGCUUGUAAUAUAAGUUGUAAACUGUUCUAAUAUUACAUUUUUGGUAGACGAGACACUGUGACAUCUAGUAUUGAAUAGUGGUACUGGUAAUUCACGCUAUUUGACGCGUGAUUGUCGCUAGAUGUCACUAACUAUGCCUAUACAAAUAACUCGCGUUAACUGAUGUAUGGAGUUACAACUCUUCCCUUAC